AUGUCUGGCACGGCAAUGUCAGCGGGUCAGUCGUGGGCCUUGUUUGGCGCUGGUGUUCGGGCAGUGCUGGAGGCCUGGCCGGCACUGCAGAUCGCCGUGGAGAACAGCUUCGGGGGAGCCCACAGCUUCGAGAAGGCGCUAUGGCUCGGGGGAGUGGUGCGGGACUAUUUCGUCCAGAACGCUGACUUGGAGCAGGAUGAGGUCGAGGGUUUCCUGGCUGACAUCAUGAGCACCGAAUUUGAUACCCUCGUAGAAGAUGGAAGCCUGCCCCAGGUAAGCCAGCAGCUCCAGACAGUGUUUAGUUACUGCCAGAGAGGUGAAGAACCGUUGCUGAGAGAGUUCAUCGCUCAGAUGGGCCAGAAGCAGAUGGAGGUCAGAGCCAUGGAGUUCCGGACAGUUGAGAACAACUCGGACCAGGAGUUAAAAAUAGAUGGGGUUGUUGAGGAAAUGGAGGUGACUGACAUCAGGGAAACCCCUGCCAUGCCCCGUGGUGCCCAGGCUGGUCCAUCAGCUGCCACUAGCCAGGCCUCCAUUGGGCAUGAUGCUGCUGAAGAGGGCUGGAUGGUCAUCCAGAGGAAAAAGAAGUGA